AUGUUUUCGGACGUGCGACAGAAGUCGGCGAAGACCGCCAGAAGCAGCAGCAACAGCAGCAGCAGGACCAGAAGGGCUCCUCGAGUUAAACAGGAGGUGGAUCUGGGGCCACGACGAAAGUCUCGGCGUUUGGAAGGCAAAAAAGCCGAGUUCGAUAUCGAACGAGAGACGGCCGAAAGAUUGCUGGUUAUCGAGAAACAGGCUGCUCAGGAAGACAAGGCUCGAAAAGAGGGCGAACUCAAACUGGCUGAUGUGAUCAAGAAUGGCGAGUGGGACCAGGCUCUGGGACUGCUUUCGUCUUUGGGAAAAGUGUCUCAGGGUGAUUAUUUCGAGAAGAUCAAGAAAGAAGAAGAACAAGAAGAAAAUGAUGGUGGUACACGAGACAGCGACAAUAGCGGUUUAAGUUCAGGUAAAAAGAAAGAAUUGGUAUCUGCUCGCAAAGAACUGUCGAACCUGUCUCUUCAUACGAAAAUCAGUCCAAAUGAUAUCAAAGUCACGUCGGAACGGAUAUUCAGUGUGGCAUUCCAUCCCUCAGAAACCAAGAGAAUUGUUCUUGCGGGUGAUAAAAUGGGCGAGUUGGGUUUAUGGGAUAUCGAUUCUACCAAUAAAAUCAAAGAUGAAGGUGAUUAUGAAUAUGAAACACCCAAUAUUCUAUCGUUUAAGGUACACACACGGGCCAUUGCCACGAUUCUGAUGCCUCAAUUUGCACCGGACAAGGCAUAUACAGCAUCAUAUGACGGAUCAGUACGAUGUUUAGACCUGGGCUCAGGAACUUCUACAGAAGCAUUUGUAUAUGAUAGUGAUCCCAGAAACCCGGUAGGAGUGAGCGACUGUGCAAUGCCAGAUGCCAACACGCUAUAUUAUACGACAUUAGAAGGAGAGUUUGGGAUUCAUGAUCUUCGAGAGAACCAACGCAAACCUAAAUCACAGUUGUUGAGAUUACAUGAUAAGAAAAUUGGUGGGUUCUCGUUUAAUCCGAAUGCUAUUCAUCAAAUAGCCACUGGAUCGUUAGACAGGACGUUAAAAGUAUGGGAUCUUCGAGCCACGUCCGUAAUUGCCGAGUCCGAGGAUAAUGAAAAGGCACCUCACAUGUAUGGCGAGUAUCAGAGCCGACUGAGUAUCAGUGCGACCGACUGGAAUUCAGCAGGACAGAUUGUGUGUAACGGGUACGACGAUACCAUUAACGUGUUUGAUCUUUCAACGAGCAAGUCAUGGACCAAGUCCGAAACUCACGACAUUGUGCCCUCAGUUCGACUCAAACACAACUGUCAAACCGGACGCUGGGUGUCGAUUCUGAAAUCCCGCUGGCAACCACGACCUGCCGACUCUGUCCAGAAAUUCGUCAUCGCCAACAUGAAACGGUACCUCGACAUUUACUCUGCCGACGGCCAGCAACUGGCCCAUCUCGGCCACGAACUCAUGUCCGCCGUCCCCGCCGUCGUCCAGUUCCACCCCUCCCAAAACUGGCUCGUCGGCGGCUCCGCCAGCGGCAAACUGUACUUAUGGGAAUGA